UUAGGGCGAGUCAUAUGACUCGCUCGGCUUCCUGGCUCCGGCUGCCGCCGCCCGCCCGUGUGUGCCCGUGGCGCUCCGGGGCUCCAAAGAGCCGUUAAGGGGUCCAGGCCGAGCUCGGUGGUGCGCAGGUCUUCGCCUGCGCUGUUUGCCCGUCCUCCCCCGUGUCCCGUCUGCAGGCCGUCACCAUGCUGGCGCUCAUCUCCCGCUUGCUGGACUGGUUCCGCUCGCUCUUCUGGAAGGAGGAGAUGGAGCUCACGCUCGUGGGGCUGCAGUACUCGGGCAAGACCACCUUCGUCAAUGUCAUCGCGUCAGGUCAAUUCAGUGAAGAUAUGAUACCCACAGUGGGCUUCAAUAUGAGGAAAGUAACGAAAGGUAACGUCACAAUAAAGAUCUGGGACAUAGGAGGACAGCCCCGAUUCCGGAGCAUGUGGGAACGGUAUUGCAGAGGAGUCAAUGCUAUUGUUUACAUGAUAGAUGCUGCAGAUCGUGAAAAGAUAGAAGCUUCUCGAAAUGAACUACACAACCUUCUAGAUAAACCACAGUUACAAGGAAUUCCAGUACUAGUACUUGGAAAUAAGAGAGAUCUUCCAAAUGCCUUGGAUGAGAAACAGCUAAUUGAAAAAAUGAAUCUGUCUGCUAUUCAGGAUAGAGAAAUUUGCUGCUAUUCAAUUUCUUGCAAAGAAAAAGAUAAUAUAGAUAUCACACUUCAGUGGCUUAUUCAACAUUCAAAAUCUAGAAGAAGCUGAAACAUCUCCUGAAGUCUUCCAGCCCUUCUUGGCUAUAAUCCUAGAAUUAUUGUCCGUUCCUCUGAAGUACUUCCCAGAAUCUGGUCCUUCCUAAACCUAAGAAAUUGCCUUUUUCAGAGUUUAUUUCUCAUGUGCACUGCUGAAGAUGUGUAACCCUUUCCUUUAUAAAGAAUCAUCUAGAGUUGUCAUGAUAAAGUCAGCACAGACAAAAAGGCUUCUCACACAUACAGUACUUGUGUUAAACAGUGUGUAGAGCUUUUUUUUCUUUUGGUUUGUUUUUACUUUUACAAAAAGUGCAAACUUUUCACCAUCUUAAAUCCAGAAAGUUGCAUAUUUCCAUUCUGGUCUUUCUAGGCCAGAUUUUUGUAUUGGUUUUCAGCAAAUGUCUAUAUUUCAUUAUAGAGCCCAGUAGCUUAAUACUGAUAAUGACUUGAUACAGCAUGAAAUUUCUAGUGCCACACACAGUAUUUAGAAAACCUUUUAAGCCUGAUUAAUGUGAGAUGUAAACAUAAUGUUUAUCUUAUCUCACGAAUGCAUGUGAAAUGUAUAAUUACAUCUUAGGAAUUAAACAGUGGUCUGCACACAGGUAGCAGAGGCAUCAUAUAUGUGUUGCAGGUUCUUUAUUCUGGAGAGAUCCUACCUGAUGAAUUUUGCAAAUAUUCUGCUGAGAAUCGCUUAUCAGAGAUAACAGUUGGGAGUGUGGGAGGAGUUAAUGCAUGCUGUUUUAUAUCUGCCCAGAUCAUAAUUUUUUUUUAACUGUUUUUCCUUUCAAUACACUUUUUUAAGGGGUUGGGAAUUAAAGAUUUUCUCAAAAGCUUUCAUGAAUUUAGAAUAUUCCAGCCAAUAUAAUAAAGCCUGUUAACAAUGUCAGACUUUGUUCAAAUACCAGUUUGUUCUUUCUAUCUCUAGUCAUUAAAUCAGUGCUGCUGCAUGACAUUUUAACCCUUGACUUUUUAUAUCCAGUCAUAAGGUUGACUUUCAGCACAAAAGACACUUAUGAACAAAUAAAAAUUUUUAUUUUUUUCUUACGUAAGAUUUGGCACUCUUUUGCCUGGUGCCAUUUGACAUCUUGAUUAUUGUGACAACUCUAGACCUGCCUGCUUUGUCUAACAUAAUCAUGUACAGUGUCUACAGGUUGGUUAAUAGUCAAUCACAAAGAGAACUAGGGGCCAGGGAUAUAGCUCAACAGCACAAGCGCCUGCCUGGCGAGCACAAGGUCCUGAGUUCAAUUCCCGGUACUCAAAAAUCACACUGAGAACUGAGGAACUAAUGCUGUUUAUUGUUUGCUUCUAUGAUACAGAAAUGUAUAAAAACUUAAAAUGGACAUAUUUUAUAGUUUAGUGAUCUCCAUAUAAAUAAAGGGACAUAUUACUACUGGUUCACUUUUAAAUUGUUAUUCAUACAGACUGCUGUAUUACAUACAACUUCGGUACACUUGCUUCUAUGUUGCCUCACACUGUGUAUGAUUUUGUUUCUUGUGUUAAGCACCACUUAUGUAGACAGAGCAUUUUCAGAUGUGUUGAACACCCAGAGUGUAGUCAAUGGUAAUUAUUUUAAUAAAUACCAGUUUUCAUUUAUAGACUGCCAUGGCCUUAAAAAUAUUCUAUACAAAGUACUGCACUGUGUUGCACAGACACUACUUGUUUUUCUUCAUUCACAUUUUUACUGGGGAAAAUCUGGGCUUUAAUAUUUAUCUUCUUAUUCUUUGAGGCAUGUUGCAUACUUCCCAAAUAGGAUGGGUGGUUCUAUAUGAAGGGAUAUUUAAACUUGCUAUCCAGUAUCACUAAUGGUCACUGGGAACCAUUAUAAACAAUGUGGGAUUUUUUGCCUAACAAGAGGAAUUGUAACUACAACGUGUGACUAUGUGGGGACUGCCUAGGUUUGUUAAUUGACCUAUAGCUAGUCCUUAAUGUGUUAGUGUGUCUGUUCAUUGCUUUCAGCAUUUGAAGACAUCUAAAUGCUACUACCAACAUUUUCCUGUGCAUAACCCUUGCAUGUGAAAAUUUAACAGUUAUUGAACUUUGUAAAUAAGUAAAUUUUAUUUAGGUGGAUGCAUUUUUUGGUCUGUUUACUGCUUUUCUCAGCUAUAUUCAAUAAAAUUGCAUUUUGAGGGU